AUGACAUCGCUAACCCCCGGAGACCGUUUCAAGAACCACACCGUUCCCGCCCCGGUGCCAGCCUACCUCCCAUCGGCGGCCGGGUCACCCCUGACGGUGGACAGGGAGGCCUACGACUCCAUCCAGGCCGCUCCGCGCGUUCUGGUGGAGGAGUUUACCCUGCCCAUCCGGUCUGGUAGGGCGUGGAAAGUUCCGGCCGGAUGUAUCGUGAACAUCAGUACACCCGAGGGACCUCAAGUGGGAGACCUAAACAUCUGGAAUCUUCAUAACCCCCGCGAACGCUUCUGGGCCAGCCGCACCCGCCAGCUCCAUGCCUCCCACCUGACCACCCACGACCGCUUGUGGUCCGUCCUGCCCUACAUGCGUCCCCUGGCCACCAUCAUCCGCGACACCCUGGGCCCCCAGUACGGCAAGGACGCCAACGGCGCCAGGUGCCACGACCUCCUGGGUACCCGGUGCGACCCUUACAUCAACGCCGUCCUGAGCCAGGACGCCCAGUACGACUUCCACUGCCACUCCAACCUCGUCAGGGCCGUCGCCCCCCACGGCCUCGUCGAGUCCGACGUCCACGACGUCAUCAACAUCUUCCAGGUCACCGGGCUGGAUGAGAGGGGGAGAUAUUUUAUGAGUCCCUGUCCGGCCGAUGAGGCUGAUGAGCUCGAGUUUCUUGCCGAGCAGGAUUUGUUGAUGGCUCUGAGCACCUGCCCUGGUGGUGACCUCUCGGCUUGGGGCUUCGGAGAAGACAGCGAGGCCGAGAUGAUCAAGUGCUGCCGUCCCCUGCACGUCAAGGUCUUUGAGCUGGAGGACAGGGACGUCCUGGUCAGGAAUGGGUGGAAACCUGCUGAGAAGGCAAAUUAUAGGGGUAUGCAUGGCAUGACGGUGCCUCAGGGCGAGGUCAGGAAGUGA